UUUCUGGCGGUGCUGCUGGCGGCGGGUAUGCUGGCUUUCCUGGGGGCCAUCAUCUGCAUCAUCGCCAGCGUCCACCCGGCCGGCACCGCCGCUCCCGCCGCCGCCGCCGACAAUGACUCGGCCGCCGCCGCCCUCCUGCCCGCCGCCGACAAGGGGCUGGGAGCGCUGCACGGCCCCGCCGAGGCUCUGGCCAGCGCCGGGCCGCGCCUGACGGGGGGGCCGCCGCCGCCGCUCUUCAGCCGCUUUGUCUGCACGCCGUUGAGCGCCGAGUGCCCGGCCACCGGCCCCGGCCCCGCCGCCGGCCCCGGCCCCGAGGAGCUGCUGGCCCUGCGGAGCGCGGCGGCCCAGCUGCGCCGCACGGCGCUGGAGCAGAAGGAGCGGAUCCGCAUGGACCAGGAGACCAUCCGGGAGCUCACCGGCAAGCUGAGCCGCUGCGAGGGCGGCCUGGGAACCCCUCCUGCCGCCCCGCCCGCCGCCGCCGCCGCCGCCGGGCUCCGGGCCGCCCCGCGCCCCGGCACCAUGGGCCACCCCCCCGCCGAGCCGCCCGCCGUGCGGGAGCUGGAGGAGGCCGUCCGUGCCCUCCAGGACCGCAUCGACCGGAUAGAGCAGGAGCUGCCAGCCCGCACCAACGGCUCGGCGCCCACUGCCCCAGCGCUCGCCCGUGACGCCCUCCACACCAAGAUGGAGCAGCUGGAGGAGCAGCUCCUCUCCAAGAUCCUGACCCUGCAGAAGGAGCGCCACGCCGCCAGCACCGACCGCAGCCAGCAGCAGCACGACAUCGAGAAGGAGCUGAACUCCCUCCAGAACCGGGUGACAGAGCUGGAGCAUGGACCGCCGGGCUACAGCCCUCCUGAUGCCUUCAAGGUGACCAUCCCGGUGCAGAACAACUACAUGUAUGCCCGCAUGAAGAAGAGCCUGCCGGAGCUCUACGCCUUCACCAUCUGCAUGUGGCUGAAGUCCAAGGCCCUGGCAGGGCUCGGCACCCCUUUCUCCUACUCUGUUCCAAACCAAGCCAACGAAAUCGUGCUGCUGGAGUGGGGGACCAACCCUCUGGAACUGCUCAUCAAUGACAAGGUUGCCCAGCUGCCCCUGAGCCUGAAGGACAAGGCCUGGCACCACGUCUGCGUGGCGUGGACCACCCGGGACGGCAAGUGGUCAGCGUACCAGGACGGUGAGCAGCGGGGCGCCGGCGAGAACCUGGCCUCCUGGCAUGCCAUCAAGCCCCAGGGUGUCAUCAUCCUGGGCCAGGAGCAGGACACACUGGGCGGCCGCUUUGACGCCACACAGGCCUUUGUGGGGGAGCUGGCGCAGUUCGGCGUGUGGGACCACAUGCUGGCACCAGCGGAAAUCCUGGGCUUGGCCAACUGCACCUCUCACCUCCAAGGCAAUGUGAUCCAGUGGGACGACCAGGCGGUGGAAGUCUUCGGGGGCGCCAGCAAGGGAGGCUUUGCUGCUUGUGAGGAAGGGAGAAAGGCGUGA